UCUCGGGAGAGCGGCUGGUCUGGGCCUGGCGGGGCCUCCGGCCUUGCAGUUGAAAUGGGAAGAAGGAGGAGGAAGGAGGGCGGCGAAGAGAAGCGGCGGCGGGCGGUCCGGGCAGUCUUACCGGCUGCACUCGGAGCCUGCUUGGUCUAGAUGGCUGCGAAGGUAGUGGCGCCUGCUGGUAGGAAGUCUGCAUGUCGUGGAGGCGCCUCUGGAGCCAAAAAUAGUUCAGAAUGAGUUAUGCAGAAAAACCCGAUGAAAUCACUAAAGAUGAGUGGAUGGAAAAACUCAAUAAUUUGCAUAUACAAAGAGCUGAUAUGAACCGCCUCAUUAUGAACUAUCUUGUUACAGAGGGGUUUAAAGAAGCUGCAGAAAAGUUUCGGAUGGAAUCUGGAAUUGAGCCCAGUGUUGAUCUAGAAACGCUAGAUGAACGAAUCAAAAUCCGAGAGAUGAUAUUGAAAGGUCAGAUUCAGGAAGCUAUUGCAUUGAUAAAUAGCCUACAUCCAGAGCUCUUAGACACAAAUCGGUAUCUUUAUUUUCAUUUACAGCAACAACAUUUGAUUGAACUGAUUCGGCAACGUGAAACAGAAGCAGCAUUGGAAUUUGCACAGACACAGUUGGCGGAACAAGGAGAAGAAAGUAGAGAAUGUCUGACAGAAAUGGAACGCACUUUGGCUUUGCUUGCUUUUGAUAAUCCUGAAGAAUCGCCCUUUGGAGAUUUGCUUAAUAUGAUGCAACGGCAAAAGGUGUGGAGUGAAGUUAAUCAAGCUGUCCUAGACUAUGAAAAUCGUGAGUCAACACCUAAGUUGGCAAAGUUACUGAAGCUACUACUAUGGGCUCAGAAUGAGCUGGACCAGAAGAAAGUAAAAUAUCCCAAAAUGACAGACCUCAGCAAGGGGACAAUUGAGGAACCCAAGUAACACAUGUGCAGAAGGGACAGCAAGCAAUUUUACUACUGCACAUUAUUCUUCAUUUAUAUCAGUCUGUGACUGAAAGAUUUUUACUACAGUACAGGACUUGAUUUUUUUUUUUUUGAGCAAAUAUCUUAAAGGGAGAAAUGAUCCUUUUAAAUGCUGGAAAAACAUGUUGCAUUGAAAGGCGCUGUAUCUCUUUGAAAGUCUGAUUUAGGCUAUGCACUAUGAUACAUUUUUAAGAGUUAGAUAAAUUGCAUUUUGCAUUUUAACAUCCCAGUGCUUUUCUGAUUGGCCACUGAAGGAUUUUAGUUUAGUAGCCAUUCAAGCACUACAUUAGUAAAGAAUAUGAGUUCAACUGAAUGUCUCACACUUAAAAUGUUUGUAGAGCACUGAUUAUUUGCUUUAUGUUAAGUUAUAUUAGCCAGGUAAUGCAUUUUCUCAACCACAAAGUUAUGUCAAGUUUUCAUCAAGCAUUUUUCUUUUGGGUCCUUUUUUUUUUUUUUUU